AUGAGUUUAAAUUGGUAUGAAACUGUUAUGAUGGAAAUUUUGGAACUAUAUCAUAAGCAUAAUUUGUCUGUGGAAUCACCGAAUGGAUAUAGAAAUAGAGAUGCUCGGGAAAAUGCUUUGGUAUCUAUUGUAAAGGAAAUGAGAAUUUCUGGUCUAAAUAUUGCUAAUUUGAAGAACAAAAUCAAGACUAUUAGAACAAUGUACAAAAAAGCACAUUCAUUGGUUUUCAAAUCUAUAAAGAGUGGAAUGGGAACAGAGGAACUGUUCACAUCAAAAUUGUUUUGGUAUAAAAUAACGGAUAUAUUUCUAAAAGGUGUUACAAAUACUAGGGAUACCUCGUCAAAUUUAGACUUACAACAUGAAGAAGCUGAAAGCCAAAUAAUUUCGGAGAAUGCAGGAGAAACCAAAAAUGAAAGUGAAUUUCCUCCAUCAAUAGCUUCAUCUGCGAGUUCAUCUGUUACUGCUAUUAAGAGUCAGGCAGAAGCUAUACCAGUAGAAAACACAGAAACUGCCAAUGCGGCUACACCUAAAUAA